UCCAAGCAGAUGUUGAAUUCCUUGUCAGAGGAAGUCAGCGUUCCCGCUCUGGAGUGAUAAGCCCACAGGCUGACAACCUUUCUGGUUAUUCUCAGAAAAAACUUGAGCUGGGUGAGGUUCAAAGAUACUUCAGUGAGAAGCUGACCAGGUCUUUCCCUGACUUCAGCACAUCCAAACCAAGCCAUGAGGAGUGUGAGAGUGACCCUCAGGGCUUGAUGAGCAGAGAAGUGGAUCCCAAAGGCUGCCAUCUUCUGGAAAAAUCCAGUCAGUUGGUGUCUCAGAGCACUGAACCCAUCAAGAGAAGUGUAGAGAUCCAUGCAGGCUCUGAGGAGCUGCUGCCAUUCCCAGGAGACAGGGGUUUGACCAGUGGAAAAACCACUGAGAGAGAGGAGGAGGAAAAUGCUGAGGUUGUAAAUGGAGAUCAUCAAAGCAAAGAAGGAAGUGGUUCUGAUGAGAACUGUGUUGGGAGUGUAUCAGCACAAGCUGGCUCAGAAGGAAACUGUGAGAGCUUCCCUGAUGACAGCAGUGAAGACCCAGUGGAAGGCUCAGAAAACUCCAUCAAACCAAAAAUCCCUUUAUCUGAUCCUGUUGUUGUUCCCAACUUCUUCCUUCCACCCCAGGAGAUGGAAACCUCCAUGAGACUGCUCAGCACUUCCUCUCAUCCCUCUGCAUCUCCAGAGGGAUGUCCUGGAUAUGGUGGAUGUCCUGAUUGAGGGCAGUGAUGGCUUUGAUGAAGCAAUUGGGUUCUCUUUAAGUGAAGACAUGAUUAUCCAAACAUUUCCCUUCAGUGCUGUUGUCCCUGCUGCCUUAGAAGCCAGGAAUAUACUGUUGCUUCAGUCUGAAAAUGGAACAGGUACAGUUUUUUUUUGGGAUGUUGUUGUCAUU